AGGAGGCGGCCGGAGGGCGGGCGGCGGUCGCCUCACGGCAGGGCGCGGGGCUGGAAAGCCUUGGGUUAUUGAGGCGCUGCGUUCCUGUGAGUCCUUCUCUGUCGCUGUCGGGAGACCUCAGGGGCGCGUGUUUACGCCACGUCUCCGGGUGGGACCCGCUCCCGGGACUGGGGGAACGCGAGAAAGCACGUUGGCGCGUCUGGAGACAGCCCCGCGGGCAACGGUAGGACGCAAGCAGCUGUCACCUCCGCAGGUGAUGUUCUAAUCAUGUCAGAUAAAGAUGAUACUGAGACUCCAGUAAUAAAGGAGGCAACCCCUACCCUUGAAGAUGGAAACUGUGAGCCAGAUAAGAAUUCUGAGUCUGUUGACCAAAGUGCUGAGCCAGAGAGUAAAUCAGAACCUGUGGCAUCCACUCGGAAAAGACCAGAGGUCAAACCUUCCAGUGAACUUGAAACUUCCAAAGUUCAGGAGACUGUUUCUAAAGAUGUAACCCAGACUGGAUGGGGAUACUGGGGAAGCUGGGGCAAGUCUUUGCUCUCCUCAGCCUCAGCCACAGUGGCUACAGUAGGACAAGGUAUUUCACAUGUCAUUGAGAAGGCAGAGACUUCCCUUGGGAUCCCUAGUCCCGGUGAAAUUUCCUCUGAAAUCAAGUGUGCAGCAGGAGAGACAAAUGCCAGAGAGAAUGAAAACUCCUCUCUGGUGGCUGGUCCAUUUGGUGUAUUCUCGACCAUUUCUACUGCUGUUCAGAGCACAGGAAAGAGCGUUAUCUCUGGGGGUUUGGACGCCUUAGAAUUCAUUGGGAAAAAGACAAUGGAUGUAAUAGCAGAAGGAGAUCCUGGCUUUAAAAGAACUAAGGGGCUGAUGAACCGAAAUUCUACACUAUCUCAGGUUUUACGAGAGGCGAAGGAGAAAGAAGAGCUAUGGACCUCCAAUGAGGUUACCAUGGAAACUGACAGAAAACCUCAUUAUGGGCUACUCUUUGAUGAAUUUCAAGGCCUUUCACAUCUGGAAGCUCUGGAAAUGCUCUCUCAAGAAAGUGAAAUAAAGGUGAAGUCUAUCCUUAAUUCUUUGAGUGGAGAAGAAAGAGAGACCCUAAAACUUGAAUUAGAGCAACUCAAAGAAGCAUUUUCCCUACCAGAGUUUUGUGAUGAAGAGGAAGAAGAGAAAAAAGGACUUGGUUUUUUAGGGGAUGAAGAUUUUACCAAAGAGAUAACAGAGCUGUUUUCCCAUCUGCACGUCUCUUCCAAACCAGAGAAACUUGCCAGGACAAGAAAUACUGCUUAUGAAUGGAUCGAGGCAAUUCCGACAAACACAUUAGCAGAGAAGAAAGAAGGAGAAAAACAGUUGGAGGCAGAAAAUACUGAGGAAGUGUCUAAAAAUUCAAUAGAGGAUAUCCAUGCAUUUGCAAUCCGGACCCUAGCAGAAUUCACUGCCUGCUCAAUUGAACUGUUUCACAAAACAGCAGCCUUGGUUCUCCAUGGCCAGAAGCAGGACGUGACCGCCACAGAAAGGAGCCAGAUUCUUUCCCAGGUGACGGUUGUGUUGUGUAAAGAGUUGUCCUCUCUAUCUGAAGAGUUCACUACCUGCCUGACAACUGCUGGGGUCAAAGAAAAGACAGAUACCCUUAACCCAUUAAUCACUGCAGUAUUUCUAGAGGCAUCAAACAGUGCAUCCUACAUCCAAGAUGCCUUUCAGCUACUCUUACCCGUGUUGGAGAUCUCCCUCAUUGAGAACAAGACUGAAUCACCUGCAUGUGAACUACAAGUCCAGAAGCCUUUGUCGGAACAACAUUGAAGAACAGAGGUUUUCACUUGGGAUUUAUGGUGGCCAAGAAACAACCACAUAAAAAGGCAGGAGAACAGGUUUAAAGUACAAGUUUAUUUCUUCACUUGGCUGAAGUAUUCACAUCCUCCUGUUAUUCUUUCCAGUUAUAAUUACUAAAUUAUUUAAAAAUAAAUAUUUGUAGAAAGUCUAGAAUAAUAGCUUUAACCAAGACUAGUGGGUCACUCAGGCAUAUUUGUCUUUGAUAUAUUGCAAAACACUCAAUUUUGUUAUGGAUAUAAUUUAUAGUUAAUGGAUAAAACUGGUUGUUAAGCAAGUGAAGAACAACUUAAUUCGGUGUUCUAGAAUUCACAACAUGCUUGGUUUGUUAAUGUCAUAUACUUGCUCCUUUCUAGAAUAAGGUCUGUGGCUUUAAGAAAACUGAGCAUAUAUAAACUCUGAAAUGAUUGCGUAUUAUCAUGUGAAUUCUUGGAAAUGCUCAAGAAAUUUCAUCCUGUCUUUAAUUCUCAGUAGAUAUUUGGCGUUGAGGAGAACUUUCUAGACUAUUAUACUUGCAGUCACAUGACCUAUAGCAAAGCGCCCUUGGGCUUCAAAUAACUCUCCCACCCCAGGAUGACAAGCUUCAGGUUGUAGCCAGCUCUUAGUCAACUGGAUUCAAGGCCAAUAAAUGUGAUUUAGAGAAAUAGUUUCAUGUUUGCAGACACUUCAAGUCACUUCAUGUUGUUUUUUGUUGUUAUUUUUUGCAAAACCUAUUUGCAGGAUAAAUUCUUUAACAGCGAACUCCAGAGGAGUGCUGAAGUCCUUUUGUUAAUGGGCUUUUAUUGUUUGAGUAUUAUUGAAGUCAAUCAUACACUCGUAGAAAUGAUAUUCAUUUAUAACAGGAUUUAACCUCUAAAAUACUUUUUUUUCCUUGUUCUUUUUUGUUUUAGUGUACUGUGUAGUAUGCUUUUAAAAACCACCUUUUAAAAACCUCCAGAUCUCAAGCUUUUCUUGUUCUCUUCAAUAACUAAAAGCUAUUUUGGUAUUCACUCUUUUUUACAGAAGUUUUUCAACUUUGUGGUUUUUAAUGAUCGAAGUAGCUUUUGUGAGCUCUGUCCCUCAUCUUCUAAAAUUCUUAAAAUAUAAUGUAGCCACUUAAGUGUGAUAUUUCAUAAAUUCAAGAAUUCAAGAAUUAAAAUAUUUUAUUGCAUUUUAAUUUAACGUGCUUUGCAUUUCCAUAAAAACCCUAAAAAUGAAGCGCUGAGAAAUGAGGAAGUUCCAAGAACAAUAAGCCUCUUAGUGAAUGUGUCAUCAAGCCAUCUGGUAAGUUUAUAGGGAGUUUAUAGGGGGAGUUUGAAAACUAUAUCCUCAUGCUUGCUUGUCAACAUCAGUGGGCUCACUUCUCCAUGUUUUCCUUGAGACCCCAUCCUCACUCAUUAUCAGAAUGUCUGGCAAAAUCCCAAAUACCUUCACGUGUAGCUAUUCCUUUCCCUCGUCAGUUCAUCAGGAAAUUGUGAAAAGAAAUCCAAAUGCCCUCUCAGCAUACUUCCUUUGAAGUCAAAACACAGGAAGUCUGCUGUGAUCACUUCACCCUAACAAAUCAAUGUUGCCCUUUUCCACCAUUGAAGUUUCUAACUGGCCUACCUUUGUAAAUUGAGAGACAUCAUCAUCUCUUUCUAUUGGUCAGCCCCACAUUUGUCUUUCUGUGCACGUUGGCCAUUGCUAUGCCUUUAAACUAGUUCUAAAAGCAGAAGUCAUUUUCUUAACUGACUGUGAAUGUAGCGAUAUGGUUGACUUUUUAAAGCACAUUUGGAAACUGAAAUAAACAUGGUUUGUCACAGAACUUC